UAAUCCUUCUUUUUCUUUUUCCUGUUUUUUAGGUUUAUUUUCAGCUUGAUUUUGAUCACCUCUUGCUGCUCUUCAAAAUGUCUGCUGCUGCCAACGAGAACACUGCUCGUCUGACCCAGUUCAAAAAUAAAGGAAAAGAUACUACAGAGCUCAGGCGAAGGAGGAUCGAGGUCAAUGUCGAGCUUCGAAAAGCAAAGAAGGAUGACCAGAUUAUGAAGAGGAGAAAUGUUGCUGUUCUCCCAGAUGAAGUUACGUCACCUCUGCAGGAGAAAAGUCAGAACUGCCAGGCUCAGCACUGGACAGUGGAAGAGAUUGUAAAUGGAGUAAACAGUAACAAUCUGGAAACUCAAACGCAAGCAACCCAAGCAGCCAGGAAACUGCUUUCAAGAGAGAGGCAUCCACCAAUCGACCGAAUCAUCAGCGCCGGCCUGAUCCCCAGGUUUGUGGGCUUCCUAGGCAUCGAUUCUCCCCCGAUCCAGUUCGAAGCGGCCUGGGCUCUGACUAACAUUGCAUCUGGAACGUCUGACCAGACCGCUGCGGUUGUGGAAGGAGGGGCUAUCCCAGCUUUCAUUGGGCUGAUUUCAUCCCCUCAUCCUCACAUUAGUGAACAAGCUGUUUGGGCUCUGGGCAAUAUUGCUGGUGAUGGUUCUUCCUAUAGAGACAAGGUCAUCAAGCACGGUGCUAUUCCUCCACUUCUGAGUCUGCUUGCUGUCCCAGAUCUUUCUGUGUUUGCAUCUGGUUACCUGAGGAAUCUCACCUGGACGUUGUCUAACCUGUGCCGCAACAAGAACCCUGCACCUCCUCUGGAAGCUGUACGGCAGAUCCUGCCAACCAUCAUCCGUCUCCUUCAUCACAAUGAUAAGGAGGUGCUGGCAGACACCUGCUGGGCGGUCUCGUAUCUUACAGAUGGUCCGAACGACAGGAUUGAAGUGGUGGUCCAGACUGGUGUGGUUCCUCGUUUGGUACAGCUGCUUGGCUCUGGAGAGCUGUCCAUUGUGACUCCCUCACUGCGCUCUAUUGGCAAUAUUGUAACUGGCACAGAUGAGCAGACCCAGGCAGUGCUGGAUUCAGGAGCUCUCCCAAUGUUCACCAACCUGUUACGGCACCACAAAAACAACAUCCAGAAGGAGGCUGCCUGGGCCAUGUCCAACAUCACUGCAGGCAAGGACACGCAGAUCCAGGAGGUCAUCAACGCUGGCCUGGUGCCCCACCUAGUGGAGGUUCUCAAGCGGGGUGACUACAAGACCCAGAAAGAGGCAGUGUGGGCAGUGACCAACUUCACCAGUGGAGGCACCAUAGAACAAGUUAUUUACCUUGUUCAGGCCAAUGUGCUGGAGCCACUGCUCAAUUUACUGUCUGUGAAGGACAGCAAAACCAUUCUAGUAAUUUUGGAUGCAAUCAGCAACAUCUUUCUGGCUGGUGAGAAGAUUGGCGAGACUGAUAAGCUGUGUCUGAUGAUUGAAGAAUGUGGAGGCUUGGAUAAAAUCGAAGCCCUGCAGACCCAUGAGAAUGAAAUGGUGUACAAAGCCUCACUCAACCUCAUUGAGAAAUACUUUUCUGGAGAGGAGGAAGAGGAUGAAUGUGUGGCUCCUGAAGUUACAACCGAUGGCUAUGCGUUCCAGAUUAAUGACAACCAAGGCACUUUCAACUUCUAAACCUCUUCUUCUGUCCCUGCUCCUGUUGUGCGGAUGUGUUCUAUAUGUUCUGUCUUCUUGUUCAGUGUUUGUGAUGUGAUGGGCGUCUCUGUUCUUCAGAAUUGUACAUAUGGAACUGUCCAUUUUAUUAUAGUGUAAAUAAAAUAAAUAAACAAAUGAGAAA